UGGCAAUAAUCGACUGGGUGGAAGUCGGUGCUGGUAAUAGAAUAUAGGAAAGGCGGAAGGAAGAUGGCGGCGCUGGCUUCGGAGUUGCUGCUUUUGAGCGAUUCAAGCCGCUUCCGAGCAGACAACCUGCUGAGCAGCGAGGACUGGGAUGCAGGUCUUUACAGCUGCUUGGAUAAUGAUGGAAAUGUGGCAGCUGAACUUUUCCCUUGUCUUGAACAUAGCAUUAUGGACAGUAAUGGUACCUGUUCUGCGUUCGGUGAUGGGUUUGAUCUGGACAUGGAAACUAUGCCUCCAGACCCACCUUGGGAUCCUUUGCAAGAAUCUCUAUUCCCAGAGUUGCAAGUAAAGUCUGAGCCGGUCUCCCCUGCAUCAUCUCAUUGCUCCGAUUCAUCUGUGGCCUCCUCCGAUUCCUCUGCGGCAGGCUCCUCUUCUGCAGAACUCUCGGAGCAGGUCCUUGGACCAGGUGACGUGAUUGGAGUGAAGACAGAGCAUCCUCCAACCCCUCCGUGCAUGUUUGGAGAUGUCCUUUUACCUCCCUUUGGAACGGUACACAUCAAUGUAGUCCCAGCUUCUGAGACAGGGAAACCAGCAGCUCCCAAUAAAACAGAGAGCAUCCUUAGUCGGAAACCCCCCAUUCAACCAAAGCCUGUCGUGGUGACCACUGUCCCAGGACAGACAGCCGCCUCUUCCAGUAAGACCAUCUUGUUGCAGCCAGUACCUGUAACCCAAUCACAGACCGUCAACUCUGGAAUCUCAGUUCCAGCACAGAGUGUUGUUAUUUCCCAAUCUGAGCUGUUGCAUCUCCCAGUGUCCGGUUUGAUCAAGGUUCAGUCUCCGGUGAAGGAAGUUCUCUCACCUAAACCAGCCCCUUCAGUCCCCAAGCCAGAAACUAAAACGAUCAUCCCUGCACCAGCACAAAUAGGACCCUGCAACCAAGAGAUUGAUAUCAAGGUCCUGAAAAGGCAGCAGCGGAUGAUAAAAAACCGUGAAUCGGCUUGUCAGUCCCGCCGGAAAAAGAAGGAAUACCUCCAAGGAUUGGAAUCCCGGCUGCGAGAGGCCCUUGCGGAGAAUGAGAGGCUACGGCGGGAGAAUGCUAUUCUUCGGCGACGGCUAGACGGUGUCCUGGAUGAGAACACCGACCUGAAGUUUGGCUCCGGGAACCGAAAAGUGAUCUGUGUCAUGGUUGUGCUGCUCUUCAUAGCCUUCAAUUUUGGGCCUGUCAGCAUCACCGAGCACAAAGUUGCAGACGUGUCUCAGCCCAAGCAGGAACCGGAGUCUGGCCCAGGCCAGAGGCAUCUUCUAAGCAUUACGCAGGAAGCUCUUGAAAUGCCAGAAGAGGAGCAGGAAGAACAGCAAGAGGAGACCCUGGCAAGGCCAGGCAAGGCCCAAUUCCGGAACCUGUCAGCUCCCUUCUCAGAGAUGAAGGACCUCAUGUUGAGGGACCUGGACGAGCUGUUCCUCGCUUCAGAUUGCCGCCAGUUCAAUCGCACUGAAUCGCUCCGGUUGGCAGAUGAGCUCAGCGGCUGGGUCCGACGACACCAGAUCAACCGGAGGAAACCUUCACAAACUCGCAAAACAACUCAGGGCAGCCAGGAGAAGCCGCCAAAGAAGCCGUCAAGCCCUUCUCACUAUGUUCCAGCCAGUCCCCCCAAAUACCCCCAGGGGGAUUCUCUGAGACAGUUACAGGUGUAUCAGCAUCCCGACCAUACAGAGCAUGACUUCAUGGAUGCCAUUGACCGCCGAGAGGAUACUUUUUACGUUGUGUCCUUCCGCAGGGACCACCUGCUGCUGCCUGCCAUCAGCCACAACAAGACCUCUCGCCCUAAAAUGUCCCUGGUGAUGCCGGCCAUGGCUAUGAAUGAGAGCCUCUACGGCUCCUCCCUGGGCUACGAAGUCAUGAUGCAGGUCGACUGUGAGGUCAUGGACACCCGCGUCAUCCACAUCAAGAGCUCCACGGUGCCCCCUUUCCUGAGACGCCAAAGCACCACCCCAUCCGACAACCGCACCCAGCCGUCCUCCCCGCCUGCCUUUUCCGGGAAAACUCCCCGCACAACAUUGCGGUCUCAUCGCUCCACUCUGUCCACGGCCCGGCGGCAUUCCCAUCGCACUCUCUACUUUGGGGAACACGGAGGGGGCUAGCUGGAAAUCAGGAGAAGGUGGAGAAAUUCCUGGAAGUGACAUUCUUCCAACUAGGGACUUGGAGGUCCCCUCGCUCCUCAGGGCCACCCCUGCCCAAAAGACAGAUUGGUAUACCGUGUGCUGGUUGGGCAGAUCUGGGGGCCUUUACUCUCUCUCCCACCCCUCAAGCCUCUUUCUCAAGAAGUUCCUUGGUCUUUCCCCAGCUGCCGCUUCCAAGAAGGCUUCAUGGACUUUUCUCCCAUAAGGAGGGGUGGAGUGCUGAGCUGCUGCUGCUGUGGAGGCCUGGGCCCCAGCAUUGCCCCAAAGAAACCUCUGGCUCAUCUCCUUGGAGUGGGGGGUGGGGAGGCCGAGAUAGCGCUGGGUGAAAUAAGGGACGGACACGAGAGGUGUCCACAACUACUGCCUGCGAGCUGGGAAGUGUGAGAGUGUAACGAAGGAUGAAUGUUCUCUUUUCCACAAAAGAGA